GAGGAAUAUUACUUCUGAGGGCGAGAGCAGUUUCUAGAACUUUAUUGAGUUAUAAUUGUCCUGAUAUUUACAACUGAGUCUCAAAAUUAGGCCAAUAUGUCCGAACUCCGUUUCCUCCGGCGGAAUCUCCGCAUCCUCGUCCUAAACCCAAACUCAUCCACCAUCAUGACAGACGGCAUGGCCAACGCCAUCCGCCAAAUGUCACUCCCAGACGCUGAUGUGUCACAAAAGUCAGUUGAGAUAUAUACCUACACAGCCCCUCCCGACUUCGCCCCAGGGAGCAUCAACGACCAAGAGGGCAUCGACCGCAGCACGCAGGCCGUUCUCGAUGAUCCCAAGAUCGAGGAGGAGCUUGAGUCUGAUAAGUACGACGGUGUUCUCGUUGCGUGCUUCAGCGUUCAUUGCUUGGUGUCAAAGUUGACUAGGUACCGACAUCUUGCUGUGACGGGGAUUUUUGAAGCAAGUAUUCUCACGUCUCUUUCGCUUAUGGCUGCGCCGGAUAAUACAGGAAAAUGGGGAAUCGUCACGACCGGAAUGUGGUGGGAAGACCAUUUGUCGCAUGGUGUGAAGAACUUUCUUGGACAGGAGAAGGAUGGGGUGAAUAGCAAGUUUGCUGGUGUUUUCUCGUCUGGACUUACGGCGGGCGACUUUCACACUGUUCCCCCUGAGAAGGUAAGGGAGAAGCUCAAGGAGGCGACACGAAAGUUGCUCAAUGAGGGACAAGUGUCGGUUGUGCUCAUGGGAUGCGGUGGUAUGGCUGGUCUGGAGGAAAUCAUCCGAUCAACGGCUAUCGAGGAGUACGGCAAGGCUGAUGGUAACCUUGUCUACAUCAUUGACGGAGUCAAGGCGGGCGUCAUGCAGUUGGAGCAGAUGAUCCGCAGCAAGCGAAUCUUUCGGUAA